AUGGCCCUCUGGAAACCAGUAGUCGUGGUGUUGCUGGCCUGUGUGUCCUGGCCACGGGGGGCUACGGAGGACCUCCGCAGUUUCAAGGAGCAGCUCAGUGACUGUCUGGGGGACGAGGACUACCAGGAGCUUCUGGACAUCAGUAUCCAUGGCCUCCCCCCUGCACAGACCCCUCGGCACGUGGUGGUCGUGGGCGCCGGCAUGGCCGGCCUGACCGCUGCCAAACUGCUGCAGGACGCGGGACACCAGGUGACGGUGCUUGAGGCUAGUGGGAGGGUGGGGGGGAGGGUGGAGACCUACAGACACCCGACAGAGGGCUGGUAUGCUGAUCUGGGAGCCAUGAGGAUCCCAAACUUCCACCAGAUUGUGCUGUACUACGCCGAGAUGCUGGGUGUGAAGUUGGGUCAGUUUGUGAUGUAUGACCCCAACACCUUCUACCUGGUCAAUGGGCAGCGUGUGAAGACCGGGGCAGCAGACAAAAACCCUGCCCUCCUCAAAUACAAUCUCCCCCAUAGGGGGAAGGCCCUGUCGGCUGACCAGCUGGUGGAUCGGGCUUUGGAAGCGGUAAUGUAUGCAGUGAAACAUGAAGGAUGUGCUGCCCUUAAGAGAUAUGACCAGUAUUCGCUCAAGGGCUAUUUGGUUGAAGUGGCUAACCUAAGUUCUGAGGAGGUGAGGAUGAUAGGAGACCUGCUGAAUGAGAACAGCUGGAUGUACCUUGCCUUGACCGAGAUGCUCUACGAACUAGCAGAUAUCAGCGACCAAACUGAGUAUUUUGAGGUGGUGGAUGGCUCAGAUCGUCUCCCUCAAGCCUUGCAUAACGUCCUGGUUGAACCCGCCCAGCUAAACUCUCCGGUCAAACAAAUCACCCACUCAGACGCUGGUGUCAAUGUAUUUUACCUGAAGGGUAAAGACUCACCUCAGAUCAAGCUGUCUGCUGACGCAGUCCUGGUCACGACCACAGCCAAGGCAGCUCGCUUCAUAGAAUUUGUCCCCCCGCUGACCCCAGGAAAGAGGCAUGCACUGAGCAGCGUUCACUACGACAGCUCCACCAAGAUCAUCCUCACCUUCAGCAGAAGGUUCUGGGAGGAUGAUGGCAUCAAGGGGGGGAAGAGCAUCACAGACCGCCCCUCUCGCUUCAUCUACUACCCCAGCCACGGCUUCCCCCAGAACCCAGACAUCGGCGUGCUGCUGGCCUCCUACACCUGGUCUGACGACUCCCUAAUCUUCGAGGGCCUGGGGGAUGAGGAGCUGAAGGAGGUGGCCCUGAAGGACCUGGAGCUAAUCCACGGGGAGCAGGUCUGGGACCUGUGCACGGGGGUGGUGGUGAAGAAGUGGAGCUCUGACCCAUACAGCCUGGGAGCCUUCGCCUUGUUCACUCCCUACCAGCAUACUGAAAUCGCCUCUGAGCUCUUCCAGUCCCAGGGCAGGGUUCACUUCGCUGGGGAACACACCGGCUUCAGUCACGCCUGGAUUGAAACAGCCAUGAAGACGGCCAUCAGAGCUGCCAAGAACAUCAACCACCAGCUUCAAGGCGGCUUCAUGUCCACUGAAUAG